AAAGACUCAUUUGCAUUCAGUCCAUUUCAGACUCCUGACGAAGAUAGAAGAAAAGCGCUUGAGUUUUUGACAGAUAAUAAAACUACUUCCAAAGGCUUUACACACCAGAUUACUUAUCGUUGACUACCUACCACAACACCAAAACUUCUUAGUCAUCAUCUCCUGUUUGCUUUUGUUGCCUUUCUGAAAGUCAUCAUGUCUCAGCAACCCAUCAGUCUCCCUGCCAAGCUGAUAAAUGGCGGCAUUGCUGGCAUUGUUGGGGUGACCUGUGUGUUCCCCAUCGACUUGGCAAAGACCAGGCUACAGAAUCAGCGACAGGGCCAUCAAGUCUACAAGAACAUGAUGGAUUGCCUAUUCAAAACUGUACGAUCUGAGGGAUACUUUGGAAUGUACAGAGGUGCCGCAGUGAACUUAACUCUGGUCACCCCUGAGAAGGCUAUCAAACUAGCCGCCAACGACUUCUUCCGCCACCACCUUGCCAAAGAUGGGAAGGGCUUGACUGUGUUUAAGGAGAUGUUGGCAGGAUGUGGUGCUGGCAUGUGCCAAGUGAUCAUCACUACUCCCAUGGAAAUGCUGAAGAUUCAGCUUCAAGAUGCUGGAAGAAUAGCUGCCCAGCAGAGGAAGCCUGGCAUCAUGUCUCCCACCAAGCUGGCUGCCACCAACACGGUGCUGAGCCGCUCUUACACAUCCAGCCCUGCUCCAGGCCGCGCCGUGUCGGCCACGCAGAUCGCCCGCGAGCUCCUGCACACGCAGGGCAUCCAGGGGCUCUACAAGGGCCUUGGGGCCACUCUCAUGAGAGAUGUGCCCUUCUCCAUGGUGUACUUCCCUCUGUUUGCUCACCUAAACCACAUGGGCCAGUCCUCACCCGAUGGCACCAGCCCUUUCUACUGGUCCUUUGUGUCCGGCUGUCUGGCUGGCUCCACUGCUGCUGUGGCCGUCAACCCCUGUGAUGUGGUUAAGACCAGGCUCCAGUCCCUGAGCAGGGGAGCCAAUGAGGAAAGCUACAAGGGCGUUGUGGACUGUGUAAGUAAGAUUAUGCAGCGGGAGGGCCCCUCUGCCUUCCUCAAGGGUGCCGGUUGCCGGGCGCUGGUCAUCGCACCGCUCUUUGGAAUUGCCCAAGUCAUGUACUUUGUGGGCGUAGGCGAGUUCAUCAUGGGCCAGACCCCAUUCGGCCUCCUCUCCGCCUAAGGUGGAACAACAGAGACACUUUGCGGACUCCCUGAACUAUUUAAUUAAGGAAAACAAAGGAAAGAAAGAUACUAGUGGCAGCUACACAACCACCAAUUUUGAAUGAAAAGGACAGACGACAAAAAGAGCUUAGUUGUCAGAUUUCUUUUUGAGCCUCACAUGUAUGCUGUCGUUGACUUCCUGUGUGUGUGUGUGUGUGUGAGGCUCGCCAGCACUUCCUCUUUUGGCUUCCUGGAUUGUUUGUGUGGCUAAAGUCAACGGUUGCACUUGUUGGCGGGAAAGCCUCGUUGAGAAGCUGAGGAAGGCUUACUACAAGGGUUUAUACUCAAUGGUCCACUCUUUCUCCAGAAAGUUCUCCUCUUGGAAUUUCCCUCAGUGAGGGAGGGAAAUAUGGUGUCCUUUUCGGCACGUAGUCCAAAAAAAAGACCUUAUCAAUCAUAUUGCUUUUUGUAUGUAUAUAUUUUUAUUUCAACUAAAAUAUGUCUAUUUAAAUUCCCACAAUUGCUGAUUUCUUAAAGUGUUUGGACAAAGUUGCUUUUGACAAAUGACAGGCCUUCUCAUGUAAAAAAAAAAACAUGCAACAAAUAAUACUUUUCUGUUUGGAAAUUCCCUUAUUUCAAAUUUGACUGCAUGAGCAGUACAUUUUAAGAUCAAAUACAAUUUCAUUAAUGGGAACAUUUCAACUAUAUUUUGCAUAUUGUUACUAUAAGGAACAAUAAACAAGCCGUUUAUAUGUACUUUCACACAUUUCCCAAAGUCGUGAUUGGACCAAGGAAAACAAACCAUUUUGGUUAUGGGAUCACCGAAGGUUGCAUUCAAAGACACUACUUGUGUCUUACUCGAUUGGUCACAGUGUUAAGAGGUGUGGGUGCAGCAGUUUACUUUUAUGACCUGCUUUUUUGUUCUCUGUAAGUGAGUGUUCAAGUUCUUGAAGCAGUCAUUAAUGUUACGUUCAGUCCUUUGCAUUGUUUGUCUAGUUGUAUGUGGCUUCUCUGAAUGCCUGUGUCUUGUCUGUUAUGUCUGCCUUAUGAGUGAAUUUGCUUGUCUUGUAAUGUGAAGGGUAAUUGCAGAGGACGAUGGUUCAAUGGCUGUCGUUAGGCGGCCCUUGGGCUCUAUAUGUUACACCACAACUAAUAUAAAAUUGUGAAAUUUUUAACCAGAAUGUUACAUUCUCACUGAAUCCUGUAUUUUUCUAUUGUGCUAAAACUUUUAAUAAACAAAUGUUAUCAUUG